AUGAUGAUGUUGCAUCCGGCAACCGAAUUGCUUCCGCCACCCUCAUCGCCGACGAUCUCUUCAAUUUCAUCUUCUGAUUUAGACACCGAAUCAACUGGGUCGUUUUUCCAUGACCGUAGCACCACCUUAGGAACUCUAAUGGGCGUGACGUCGGCGUUUCCCGCCAUCACAUUCAGAACCCCCUCCCAGCGUCGAGACCGCACGCCCACUAUAACGCUCGGAUCAACUCCUAACAGUAGAAGCUUCGUAGGACGACGGAGGAGGAACAAUGACACGACGGCGGACUUGGUGGCGGAAAGGCGUCGGAAGAGGGUGAAAAGGAGGAACUGGUGGUGGUUGUGCAGCGGCGUGGCUACAAAGCCUUCUUCACUUGGGGAGUUUCUGGAAGUUGAACGGAGGUUUGGGGUGGAGGCACUCUUCGAUGGUGAUGCUCUGAUGGAUUUGAAUUUGGAUGAUAAUCGCAACAAUGAUGGCCGGAUGUUAUUUGCUAAUGGGAGAGUCUUACCACCACCAACACAUUCCUCCGAUGUUGAUGAACGGAGUGCCUCUUCUCUUUCUGUGGAGAAAGAGCUGGAAACAGCCAUUUAUAAAGCAGGUGGGAUUCGUGACAGUAACUUGGGGGAUUUGCAAAAGAUAGCAUGGGCUAGAAGUAGCCGAACCGAUAAAGGAGUUCAUUCCUUAUCAACCAUGAUAUCCCUUAAAAUGGAAAUCCCCGAAUACGCCUGGACUGGUGACCCCUACGGGGUGGCACUUGCAAAUCUUGUCAAUACAUAUCUUCCCCAAAAUAUCAGAGUUUUCAGCAUUCUACCUUCACAGAGGAGUUUUGAUGCUAGAAGGGAAUGUAAUAUACGGAAAUAUAGUUACCUCCUUCCUGUUGAAGUCAUUGGGGUCACUAGUAACUUAAGCACAUCAGAAAUGGAACAUCACUUAUCAGACUUCAAUACUAUACUUAAUUCUUUUGAGGGAGAACAUCCUUUCCAUAACUAUACAAUCCGAAAAAAUUAUAGAAAAAAGUAUUCUGCAAAACGAUCUCCUAACAGUGGGCGUAUCGCCGAUAGAAGGGCAAAAUCGUCAAUUGAGCCACCCCAAGCCAUUCUUGAGAAAAACGACGAGGAAGAAUCAUCUGAUGGAGAAGAAGCUGUUGAGACAGAUGAAACGAUUGAUGAAUCAGAUGCAAAUGUGGAUACUUUGAAGGAUGUACCUAUACCCAUUCUUGCCAAAUGGCUACAUGAACCUGAUGAUAAAGAUAGAAUAAGCGCUUCCCAUUUCAGAAGAAUUUUCCAAUGUUCAUGUGGAAAAUUGGAACAAUUAUUCGGAGCAAGAUAUGUUGAGAUCUCGAUUUGUGGGGAAUCAUUCAUGCUGCAUCAAAUCCGCAAAAUGGUGGGGACAGCUGUUGCAGUGAAGCGUGGGCUGCUUCGAAAAGACGUAAUUACCCUUUCACUGAACAAAUUCUCUCGUAUUGUGGUACCCAUUGCUCCAUCUGAAGUAUUGUUUUUAAGAUCGAACAAUUUUUCGAUGAGAACGCAUAUUGGUACGAGGCCUGAGAUUGUGACUUUGGUUGAAUCUGAAGAAAUACUGAAGGAUGUUGAUGAUUUCUACAAAUCAAUCAUGUUGCCUCAAGUUUCAGAGUUCUUGGAUCCUUCUAGACCUCCAUGGAAGGAAUGGGUUGAGUUGUUAGAUAGAAACACUGGAAUCCCUGAUUCCCAGUUGGAUGAAGUCAAGAAUGCUUGGAUUGCAUGGAAGGGACAAUUCCGAAGUCGAGACACGAUUGCACCAUUAUAGUACAACCACAAACUUUGAAUCUUCUUUUUGCAAAAAAAAAAAAAAUGAUUUAUGGUUAUGAUUUUCUGAUUUGUAGUAUCAAAAAUUCAAAAUAGUCAUAUUUGCAAGCACAUAAAGAAUUGUAAGAAAAAAUGAUCAUUGAGAUGAGGAGGGCAUUUGCGUCUUUUACACAAACGAGAAACUGAGUCCUUGUUUUGCCUUUUUUAGAUGGGAC